CGAAGAAAACGGAUAAAGUGUCGUCGACUGUCAAAAACUAGCUAACGGCACUCUCUCUAUCAGUACCUGCACACGAGAGCAAGAAAUGUUAGUUAACCCUAUCUUCAAUGCCAGGCCUACUCCUCAUCCUCCUCCUCCUCCUCCUCCAUUUCUCCACUCCAUACGAAGCAGAAGUCUUCUCCCUCCAUUUUGCGCCGGUUUUCGCCGUUCAGGAAAACUUCAGUUUUGUUCAUUCACUUCAGUUCCGUCAAGAAACACAAAGAGAUAUCGGGUUAAAGCAUUGAAGAAACCAAAUGAUUCAGGUGCAACAGAUGAAGUUACCAAUAGAACACAGCGUAUUCCGCAGCCGUUCUCCGUCAAGAUUCCUGUUGGUGACAGACAUAUCUUGGUUGAGACUGGUCUUAUAGGAAGACAAGCUAGUGGGGCUGUUACCGUGACAGAUGGGGAAACUAUUGUCUACACAUCUGUUUGCUUCGCUGAUGUCCCAAGUGAGCCUUCUGACUUUUUUCCUCUCUCAGUAAAUUAUCAAGAGCGUUUUUCUGCAGCGGGCCGGACUAGUGGAGGUUAUUACAAGAGAGAAGGGAGAGCUAAAGAUCACGAGGUUCUCAUUUGUAGGUUGAUAGAUAGGCCUUUGCGCACGACGAUGCCGAAGGGCUGCCACCAUGAAACACAGAUACUCUCUUGGGUUCUGAGCUACGAUGGCCUGCAUUCCCCUGAUUCCCUGGCAGUCACUGCAGCUGGAAUAGCAGUAGCUCUUUCAGAAGUGCCAAACUCAAAAGCAGUUGCAGGAGUUCGAAUUGGCCUUGUUAACGAUAAGUUCCUAGUGAAUCCAACUACCAGAGAAAUGGAAGAUUCGGAAUUGGACUUGAUAAUUGCUGGCACAGAUAGUGCAAUAUUGAUGAUAGAGGGUUAUUGUAAUUUUCUUCCAGAGGAGAAGUUGCUGCAAGCUGUUGAAGUUGGGCAGGAUGCUGUACGAGCAAUUUGCAGUGAGGUGGAAGUUUUAGUUAGGAAAUGUGGAAAACCUAAGAUGAUUGAGGCGAUCAAACUACCUCCUUCUGAGCUAUAUAGGCAUGUUGAAGAAAUAGCUGGUGAUGAACUUGUAAAAGUAUUACAAAUUAGGGAUAAAAUACCUCGAAGAAAGGCCUUGUCUGCCCUGGAAGAAAAAGUUUUAGCAAUUCUUACAGAGAAAGGGUAUGUCAAUAAGGAUGAAGCUUUGACAGCUGCUGAAACAACACCAGAUUUAUUAGAGGAUGAAGAGGAGGAUGAGGAAGUGGUUGUGGAUGGUGAAGUAGAUGAAGGUGAUGUUCACAUCAAGCCAGUUUCCCGCAAACACUUCCCCUUGUUUUUCUCAGAAGUGGAUGUAAAGCUGGUUUUUAAGGAAGUUACAUCCAAAUUCCUGCGCAGACGUAUUGUGGAGGGAGGAAAACGAAGUGAUGGGCGGAGCCCUUCUGGAAUACGAGUGAUAAACUCCAGGUGUGGAUUGCUUCCAAGAGUACAUGGGAGUUCACUGUUCACUCGUGGCGAAACACAGGCACUUGCAGUGGUUACUCUUGGUGACAGACAAAUGGCACAAAGAUUAGACAACCUUGUUGAUGUUGAUGAGUCAAAAAGGUUCUAUCUUCAGUAUUCAUUUCCACUGUCAUGUGUUGGAGAGGUUGGGCGCAUAGGAGCACCUAGUAGAAGAGAAAUAGGUCAUGGAAUGCUUGCCGAAAGAGCACUUGAACCUAUUUUGCCUUCCGAAGAGGAUUUCCCCUACACCAUACGUGUGGAGAGUACCAUUACUGAAAGCAAUGGUUCAUCAAGUAUGGCAUCUGUCUGUGGAGGUUGCCUAGCUUUACAGGACGCUGGCGUUCCCGUGAAGUGCUCUAUUGCCGGGGUAGCAAUGGGUAUGGUUUUGGACACAAAAGAAUUUGGGGGAGAUGGUGCUCCACUUAUUCUCUCUGACAUUACUGGAUCUGAAGAUGCUUCUGGAGAUAUGGAUUUUAAGGUCACUGGAGAUGAGAAUGGUAUAACUGCAUUUCAGAUGGACAUAAAGGUGGGAGGAAUUACACUACCCAUUAUGAAAGAAGCACUUCUGCAAGCAAAAGACGGGCGAAAGCAUAUUAUAGGUAUAAUCUCUAGUAUUUGCAUAUUGAAUCGACUCUACAUUGUGCAAUAUCAGUGUUAA